UAAGCCUCCAUCUUGCUUUCUCACUGACGUGAAUCUGAAGUCCUGGAGCAAGGCUGAACAUUGAUCAGUCUUGAGCGGGACACCGGUUUAUAUUGUUGCAUUUAGGACUAAGAACUAACUCCAACAUGGGUGAUAAGAAAGCACAGAAGCUUGGAUUUGUCGAGAGCUUUAUGCUCUCCGGUGUCGCCGCCGGUGUGUCCAAGACCGCCGCCGCUCCCAUUGAGCGUGUCAAGCUCCUUGUCCAGAACCAGGACGAGAUGAUCAAGCAGGGAAGACUGGACAAACCCUACACUGGUGUUAUUGACUGCACAACCCGUGUGCUCAAGACUGAGGGAGUCUACCCCUUCUGGAGAGGAAACUUGGCUAACGUCCUCCGUUAUUUCCCCACCCAGGCUCUCAACUUCGCCUUCAAGGAUACCAUCAAGGCCUUGUUCAAGACCCCCAAGGACGCCUCUGACCUCCGCAAGUUUGGAACCAACAUCGCUAGCGGUGGAUUCGCCGGUACCUUGUCCCUCACAGUCGUAUACUCCCUCGAUUACGCCCGUACCAGGUUGGCCAACGACUCCAAGGGUAAGGGUGGAGAGAGACAGUUCAAUGGUCUUAUUGAUGUCUAUACCAAGACCAUCAAGACUGACGGUAUUGCUGGACUUUACAGAGGAUUCGUUAUCUCUGCUGUUGGUAUCUUUAUCUACAGAGGAAUGUACUUCGGUCUGUACGAUACCUUGAAGCCUAUGCUCCUUGGAGCUGAGGCCGGAGUUGGAUCUUCCUUCCUCCUUGGAUGGGCUGUUACCAUCACUGCUGGACUUCUCUCAUACCCCAUUGACACCGUCAGAAGGCGUAUGAUGAUGACCUCCGGAGCUGCCGUUAAGUACAAGUCCUCCCUUGACUGUGCUGGACAGGUUAUCAAGAAUGAAGGAUUCAUGUCCCUAAUGAAGGGUGCUGGAGCUAACAUCCUCAGAGGAGUUGCUGGUGCCGGUGUCCUCGCUGGAUUCGACAAGUUCAAGGCUGUCUACAUCGCAUGGAGAGUCAACCAAUAAUUUCCUCAACAGUUCCCACGUCCUUAAAAUCCUUUUCAAUCCUCACGUCCUUGUCGCUCUUGUGGAGUAAGAAUCUACAGAGUGUCUUAGAGAAUUGUUUCCGGUUGGAACACGAUUCCUUGACACCCUGUAUCGGGUUCUGUCUGUUAUAAGUUGACAUGAAUAUUUAAUGUCAGAAAUGUAGUUUCUCAGUGAAUAAAGCGCAGAUGACUUUGUAA